AUGAACCGGGAAAGCAUCUACUAUCUGCCGGAGGGUAGCACGGAAAGCACCUUCUGCUACGAUGAGGACCGGCCCCGGCUGCCGCUGCCCAAGCUGGAACACACGCUCAAGCGCUACCUCGAGUCGUUGAAACCGUUCGGCACGGCCGAGGAGCUGGAGAAUACGAAAAAAAUCAUCGAGACCUUCCGCAAGGGCGUCGGUGCGAAGCUGCAGACGAUUCUGGAAGAGAAGGCGGCGAAGGAAAAAAAUUGGGUCGACAAAUGGUGGGAAGACUACGCUUACUGUACGCUCCGCAUGGCGUUGAUUCCGUACUGCGUGAUGGUGCAACCCCUGCUGCUCGACGCCGUCGGUCUCGCCGCGGUGCCGGAAAACUUUCUCAAAAGCCCGGCGACCUGCCUGCAUCACAACAUGGUGUUCUGGAAGCUGCUGCGCACGGAGCGGCUCCGGCCCAUCGCCAGCGCCGACAAGAAGAACGUAUUUUCGGCCGAUCUGUACCGCCGACUGUACAACACCGCACGCACGCCCGGCCUCGAGAUGGACAAGGUGGAAAGCCACUUCCGCACGGAGCGCGAGGGACCGUGCGCGUCCCACUUCAUCGUUCUGUACGGGGGGCGAAUCUUUAAAAUUCCCGGCCUCAACGCCACCGGCGAUCCGCUCAGCCCGCAGGACUUUCUGUUCAUGCUGCAGCAGAUCCAGGUGAAGGUGGAGAGCGAAACGACGACGGUCCCGCAUGCUGGCGUGCCGGUGCUGACGAACGAUGAUCGUACGAGCUGGGCCCGCAAUCGGCAGCACUUGAUCGAGCUGUCGGCGCGCAACGCAACGAUGGUGCGUGAAAUCGAGGAAGCCGUCGCGCUGCUAAUACUGGACACCCACUGUCCGCAGAACUUUUCCGACCUGGCCCAGCUGGCGCUGACCGGUGACAUACAUUCGAAAUGGACGGACAAGAGCUGCGGUACGAUCGCGUUCAAGAACGGGCAGAUGGGUUGCUACGGCGAGCACUGCUGCUACGAUGGGUCGAUCUCGAUGUCGAUCAGCCUGUACGUGAUGAUGAGCAUCGCGGAGGAAGGCGUACCGGAUUGGGACGUGCCGGCGGCGAACCUAAUACGCCCCGAGGAGCUCGUGCUCGAUUUGGACGAUACGCUGCGGGAGGAAAUCGUACGCAUGGAGAGCGUCGCUGACGAAAUGCAAAAUUGCGUCGUGGUAUCGAUGGACCAGUUCCAGGACUACGGCAAAGCGUUCAUGAAGCAGCACAAAAUCCACCCGGACGCGUACGUGCAGACCGCGCUGCUGCUGACGUACUACCGGCUGCACGGCACGUUCGCGCCCACGUACGAGACGGCCAUGAUGCGCCAGUACUACAAGGGCCGGACGGAGACGUGCCGCUCGUGCAGCAUCGAGUCGGUCCGCUUCAUAGAGGCGAUGGAAAGCGCCACGGUGGCCGAUGCGGACAAGGCGAAGCUGUUUAAGGCGGCCGCCCAUCGGCAGAUGGAGCUGAUGAACGAGGCGCGCAAGGGCAACGGCAUCGAUCGGCACCUGUUUGGGUUGUGGUGUGCGGCGUACGACAACGGCAUACCGAUACCGGAGCUGUACGACGAUCCACUGUACAGCCGGAGCGGCGGCGGCGGCAACUUUAUCCUUUCCACCAGCACGCUCGGCUACACGAUCAACUGCGGGUACGUGGCGCCGAUGUGUGCGGACGGGUACGGGUGCUUCUACACCAUGCUGGAGGACUGCAUUUGGGCGAUCUUUUCGGCGUACCGCGACAGCACGGUCACUAGCGGGCACAAGUUCCAGCAAACAUUCCACCAGGUGAUGGGCGAUUUGCGAGCGCUGCUCGAGCGCACGGAGAUGACGAACAAGCUUUAAUGUAGGGAUGGGAUGGGGGAAAAAAAGGAGGAAGUCGAGGUGUGGGCCAAUUUUGUGUUUUUAUAUGUUUUUUUUUUAAAUUCUGUUUACUAGCCGUAUUAACGUAGUCAUGAUCAAAGGUCAACGGGGUGUUGUGGUUAUAUCGGUAUUUGUUGUAUUUAAACGUUACAUUAAAGUGUAAAGCGUACAACAUUAA